AUGCCACUAGUUGCAAGAAGAGUAUCUCGUAACGUUGUACGUGCAACUCCAAUCUCACCUCCAGUCAUAUCAAGUUUUGCAAAUGAACCUUGUGGACAGAGGUAUGCUCCACUUGGAGCAUCCGUCCCAACCCUUCCUGCCUUAGAACCUCCUGCUUCUCCUAAACAUUUUCCCUUUCCGAACACACCGGUAGACAAUGAAGUUUUCUUCGAGAGCUUGAUGUGUUUUUUUGCUAUGGCUUCCACUGGUUUGCAGUUUUUACACUUAUACAGAUCUGUUUGGUGGCUACCACACUCAUAUACACAUCAAACCAUGAAUUUCUACUUAAUUGACCCAUAUUUGGUUGCCUUUAUUGUUAUAACACUAUGUAGAAGACUUAUUUAUAUUAUUAUGCGAGUAGUAGUGAAAAAGGUCAUGAUUACUACACUACCUGAACAGGAGUUUUUACACACUUUUAGAUUCUUUUUAUUUACCAAAGUUUUUAUGAUGUUGGGGUUUUGCUUGGUCCUUGUGAUGCAGAAUCACAAGCUGGAGAAGAUUUUGUAUUUAUGUUAUCCAUUCCUGAUUUACUUUGUCUUCUUUGGUCGGAAUGUCCAUCCGUUUUUUGAAAUAGUCAAAUGGAGUUCCGCUAAUCCUCCUCUGCAUGCAUGUAGUUCAAGUGCUGUAGAAAUACGAAAAGAAGUCGAGAAUCUUGUAGGCAAUUUUAAUGCUAGAAUGAAAGACAUUCUAUUUACGGCUAUCUGUAACGCCUACUAUGCUGGAUUCAUUCCUUGUUGUUUUGCUCAGUCUUCGUUACAUUACGAUACAUGGUGGGCUGCACAGCAUAUAUUUUUUAUCUUUACAAGCGGUUUUAUCUCUCUCUCAAUUCACAUUUUCUCACUUCGCUACUGUGAUACUCUCCAUAGAUCAGCGCUACACUUGGGCGUAUGGGACAGAAUUGAAACUGGAAGAACGAUGUUACUUGUAAAUAAUGUUUGGAAAGAAGAUGUUCUGUGGCCAUAUGGAGCUCUCGUCAGGUACGGGAAAGACGUAUGGAGAGCCUUGGGCGACUGCAAUUCCAGCGAGCCCGGAAAUGUGGGAUUUAAAAGGUUUUAUCACGUUUUCAAAAAUCCAACAACAUUCCUAGGGUUAAAACUCUUCUUUCUGAUAAUCCUCAUUCUGUGUCAACUUAUGCUGUUAAUACGUAGUACCGUGUGGUAUCACAUUAUAUCACUAAGUUUUAUAUUAUUUUUCAAUUACUACGUCCUGUAUAAAUUGUUCAGGGAUUAUCUAGUCUGCCAGAAGAUUUAUAAAGAGGAACGAGAGGCACACAAGAAGAUAAAUUUGAGAUGA